AUGCAGCGUCGUGCGCGCAAUGCCCUCGAUGGUAUCGAGGAACCCGAAUUCCCAAUAUUGCGCGGAGCUAUGAACAUAUUUCCACCUGUGGCUCCAGUGCGUGCUGCAAAUCCUCCGCCUCCGCGAAAUCUACGACGAACUUCUGCUCGACUUCGAGCAGAAUCCCCAGACACCGCCAUUGAGUAUGACCAAAAGGAAUUGGACGCCCUCAACCGAAUGAGGGAAGAAGCGGAUCGUCAGGUGAAGGGUUUGUCACUCAUCAACGACAUGCGAAAGGAUACGUCUUUUGUUGUGGUUGAUGAUGAUGUUCGCGCUGUACGCGAAGCUGAGGAGCGAUAUUUGAACAGAGAAGUAGACGCCCAUAUAAAAGCUAUCGCAGAAGGG